AUGCACCCAUCCGUCGGUAGCGUCGUAUCGCCAUUACUCUCGCCCCCUUCGUCUGAGUACAAUUCUUCGUUGAAAAAUUCUGGCUCGGACUGUCUGAAGGAGAGGCAGGAAGCGUACAAAUCUGGUGGGCCACAAAACUAUCCUCUCUCGCCAAUGUCCAAUUCGACCCCGCCUCUGCCAUAUCGAUCAAGUUAUCCCUCAGCUUCGACACCGAAUGGCAUUGCAAGAUCACCAACCACAGACCACUAUGCCACCCAACAGGCGCCAACGGCUGGUCCUGGCUCGAGGCUUACUUUAUCAACAGAUACAGUAGCGGCGGCAAGAAUAACAAGCCCGACAAGUGAUCCAAAUGCUCAUCUGCCUGUGACACCGUCGGGGUAUCGAUCUCGUCCUGAGUUUUCGUCCCCAACAUCACAGCGCCCCGAAAGUCAAUCAUCCUAUUUUUCUUCUCACCAGUCACCUCGACAGCAGCCUUUCUCUCCACCACAGCAACCCCCUAGAAGGGCUAAGGCACAUGUUCCAUCUGCAUGUGUGAACUGUAAAAACGCCCACCUAGCUUGUGAUGUUCAAAGGCCCUGCCCACGCUGUGUAUCAACGGGCAAGCAAGACUCGUGCGUUGACGUUGAGCAUAAGAAGAGAGGUCGUCCGCGUUUAAGGGAUGUGCGGCAUAGUUUUGAAGUGGCUAGGGCGAUUGACUCGCGGUCUGGGUUGAACCUUGGAGGCGGGCUGCCCUCGCCCGGGUCGUUGAAUGGCAGAGGAAUGCGCUUACCCGGUCCCGACAGAGUGGGACGGACUUCUAUCUCGUCUAGGACCGCACCAUACGUCCUAUCCGAUCCCGCGAGGCAAGACUACUCCUCGCGAUCCAUGUUCACUGAACCGUUGCAUAUACCGCGCGGGCAGUCUUUCGAAGCAAAUCAGUACAUACCUCCCACGGCAUUCCUUACGACAGAUUUGGUAGUCGCUAGUUCAACCGGGGGGUUCCAAGAUCUUUUGGGCUUUGCGGCUCACGAUUUGAAUCUGAGGAGGACCGUAUACGACCUUGCUACCGACUCUCCAACUGAUCUCAAGAAUUUGGACCGUGUACUACGUUGCAUCAAGGCAAUAAUACAGCAGGAAGAUCCCCAUUAUAGAACCCCUGCCUCCCAGGAUGUCUACAACGUUUUACAAAGGUCGAGUUCAAUGGACUUACGGGCUGGUUUACGGGGAGGCCCUGUCAUAGAAGAAUAUUUCGACUUUCGUAGAUCCGAUUCUGCUGUGAUCAAGGGGUUUGCGAGGUUUUAUCUGAGCAGGGCCAGCGUUUACUUUGUGGCGAUGGAAGUAGCCGUUGUGAGGAACCGUUCAUUCACGGGGCCGUCGACAACCAGGGCACCCGAAACACCGAUAUUUCCUCAGAUACCGCACCGGGGUUCUGCGGAUAGCAUUCUUCCCCAGAGACUUCAGCGAAAUAGGUCUUUCUCCUCGCCGCACUUCCCGCCUCAAAAUCAGAAGAUACCUCAAAACCCACCUGGACAGCCACAGCUAUCAGCUCCAGUACAGCCGGCAACCUCUCGACCAAUGGGUGUACAGGCAGCUCCUGUCCUGCCUUCUUCGUCAACAUAUCCGCCCCCAGCCGUUCAAACUCAUAGACGAGAUAACUCGAUCGAAACAUUGCAAACUCAACCGUCACACGGACAUGGUUCUAUAUCUUCCCUCCACCAAUAUUCCAUGUCGUCUUCAUAUACCUCGUCAAUCGAUACUCGAAACAGCUCGGCUUCAAUUUUGUCCCCUGGUGUCGGGCCGAUGUAUGCAUCUCCUACCGAAUUAACACCCCGAACCGAACAUAUCCAAUUACCACCGCUUCGUAGCCUCCCAGCGGUUGGAAAUCCACAGAGGGACCAUGAAUCUCGGGGCCACGGAAUUCAAGCAAGUCCCAUUGAAAGAGACGCGCGAAGAGAUAGCGGCCCAGGCCCCGACCCUGCAAUACCCAGACGCGGAAGGAUUGGACUCAAAGAAAUCAUGGAGUGA